AUGCAUUUGAUGUACACGGAAGACCCGGCCACGGGCAAUAGGAUUUACACGCUGAAAAAAGUCCUCGAUGGCGUGGUCACCAAGUCCGCGCACCCUGCUCGAUUUUCGCCGGACGACAAGUAUUCGAGGCAUCGAGUCACCUUGAAAAAGCGAUACGGACUUCUCCUUACGCAACAAAAAAAUGAAGCCAAAAACUGA